CGUUUUGCCGGCCGCGGUCACACUAUUGUAUGUUGAUAAUUCAAAGAGUCAGUGUCAGUAUAAAACUGCUAUGCUAUAGCGGUACUCGUUCACGGUUGGCGGUUUAGUGUAUAGCGGUACAGAGAUUUAAUUUGAAUAAAAUGCUGAAGCUCCUCCUAGCCCUUGUAGGAGGCGUGACCUUCGCACUAUGGUUCGUCUCCAGACCAGCUAACCCCUCCACCCUCCCCAAGUUGGACCCUGAACAGUGGUGGGGACCAGAUAACUUGAAGAGCAAAGCUGAUAAAAGCAUCAGGUCUUUUAAAAUCGAGUUUACUGACAAGAUGAUCGAAGACCUAAAAAGGCGUCUAGACAACUUCCGCCCCUCACCUCCCCCGCUAGACGGUGUAGCGCAGAACUACGGUUUCAACAGCAAGUUGUUAGAAGAAUGGAGGAAGUACUGGAGAAACCAGUACCCUUUUAAGGCUAGAGAGACCUUUUUGAACCAGUUUCCACAGUUCAAGACUAAUAUUCAGGGGCUGGAUGUGCACUUCAUACAUGUGAAACCUAAGGUUCCGGUGGGUGUGAAAGUCCUGCCCCUCCUGGUUCUACACGGCUGGCCUGGCUCUGUGGUCGAAUUCUACGAGUCCAUCCCCCUGUUAGCUCGUCAGGCGCCGGGAUACGACUUCGCUUUUGAAGUCAUUGUGCCCAGCCUUCCCGGAUAUGGAUUUACCGACGCUGCCGUCCGACCAGGUCUCGGCUGCGCCCAGGCUGCUGUACUCCUCCGUAACCUGAUGCACCGACUUGGGCAUAAACAGUUCUACAUGCAAGGUGGAGACAUGGGCUCCAUCAUUGGCGCCAACAUGGUGACGCUGUUCCCUGAGGAAGUGUUGGGAUUCCACUCCAACAUGCUUCUCGCUAGGAACACUCGUUCUAACUUGCUGACAUUGCUGGGAGCCCUGUACCCUCCGCUCGUGGUGCCUGCACAUAGAGCACACAGGAUGUACCCAUUGGGCACGUUCGUUGCCAAUAUGACGCUGGAGAUGGGAUACUUCCACAUGCAUGCCACCAAACCUGAUACUCUUGGUGUCGGCCUCUCUGACUCUCCGCUCGGCCUCCUAGCCUACAUCUUCGAGAAGUUCAGCACUGGCACAAGAUUCGACUUCAGGGACCACGAGGACGGAGGCCUCCUGGAGUUCUACUCCAGAGAACAGCUGCUGGACAAUCUGAUGAUGUACUGGGUCAGCAACGCGAAGACUACAGCUAUGAGGAUGUAUGCUGAAACAUUUAAUAAAGCGCAUAGUGCUCUUAAUAUUGACAGUUACCAAACCACCGUCCCGACCUGGGCCCUCCAAGCCAUCAAUGACUUCUACCACCCCCCUCUCUUGCUGCGAACCAAGUUCGUGAACCUCUUAGGAAACACGGAGCUACCUGAUGGUGGACACUUCAUCGCGCUGGAGAAACCUGAUGUGUUUAGCCAGGAUGUGUUUAAGGCUGUUAAGGAGUUUGUGAAAUAUCGAGAAGACAGUAAGAAGACUGAGCUUUAAGAGACUUAUUUUCUGAAAAACACAACUGCCACCUUGGGAUACAAUACAUAUGCAAUUUUCGAAAUCGGAACAAUCAUUCAUCAUGACAAUAUAAAAACGAAACAUAUGUUUGGAAGUCGACCAGCGGGGCUAAGAUGGACGGCUGUCUAUCAUUUGUCACCAUACCUGUAACGCUCUAACAAAUACGUAAGUGCGAAAGUGACGCAUGAUAUGACAAUUGACAAAAAGGCAACCAUGAUACCGCUGCUGAACAUUUGACAAUUCAAGUCUGUGUUCAAGUGGUGAUCGAGCUAUUGAUAAAAUCUUUGCAGCAAAAGUGAUAAAAACCUUUCGGUAUUCCGAAAAAUGGUUGUGUUAUAUGUUAUGUGUUCUACGUAUUUUGAAUUUUUAGAAACAAGUAAUGAAAAUAUUAAAUAAAUAGGCUAA